AACAAAAAAACAUUUUGAUAAUAUGUCGAAAUUAUUUUUCGAGCACCUUAGUCAUUUGCUUUGCAUAUAAUUUAAUAUAACAAGAGAGCAUUUAAAAAUAAUAAUAAUAAUAGUAAUUAAACAGCAAAACCAUAAGCGGAUUUUAAGGGGGGGCGAAAAGUGUCAUUGCAUGUAAUUGACUGUAUAUUUGUAAAGCAAUAAAACUGCAACAAAAAUGAAUGAAAUGAACACAAAAAAACAUUUUUAUAAUAUGUCGAAAUUAGUUUUCGAGCACCUUAGUCAUUUGCUUUGCAUAUAUAUAUAUAUAUAUAUAUAUAUUUAUUUAUAUUAGAGGGGGAAAAAAAUUAAAUGAUUUUUUUCUUUCUUUGAUUGAAUGUUUUGUUUUUUGUUUUUCUUUGAUGGAAGCGCCUUUUUGGGGGAAUGAAUGAUUUAGACACAAAUGUCCUAAUCAUGAUAUGGCCCAAACAUAAAAAGGAUUGCUUUAAUCAAAGAAAACUUUUUCAAUGAAAAAUUAAGUGUUUAAAUGCAAAAUUUUCAAUCUGAAAUAUUUUUCGCAUUCGCAUUUUUUGUUUUGUUUUUUGAGUUUCAAAUUUAUUUUUGCAUUCCAAAUUUCCAACACAUUUUUUUAUUUGGAUUGAAGCGACCUUUUUCUGGUAGAAAAUAUAUAUUUUGAUUGAAGCAAUUUUUUUUUUUCUUUUUUAUUGAAGCAACUUUUUUUUAAUUUGAUUUUUCGUCUAAUGGUUGUGCUACCAAUUAUCAGGCUGAGGGUGCGAAUACUUUUGUCCGGCCCGUUUUUGGAGUUUUGUGUAAAAUUAUAAGAAUUUUUUUUCAUGCUCUUAUGCGUUUUUUCAUUGCAAGGAAAAUAAAUGAAGAUAUUACUACUAAAUCAUUUGUAAUUGCUAUUAUUUUCUGGAAGAAAUUGAGCAAUAUCUGACAGAAUUGCAGUGUUGCCAAUACAUUUGGCCAGCAGUGUAUGUUAGCAUUAAGCUAAUAGUGUCCCCAAACUGAGCACUCUUGAAAAACACGGUUCAACCACAAAAAUCUUCAAGAAAAAUACAGCAUGUUUGAAAUGUGACUACUGUAUAAUAACUAAUAUUUUGUAUCCUGUUGGAGCGUUUAACAAGCAUCAUCACGUCUUUCAGUUAAAUGUUAACUUUCUCUUCACCGUUUACUGGUUGCACAUUGUUGUACUCAAACAAGUACCUGCCUAACCCUUUCCCACACAAAACAAAGUUACUGUCUUAAUGACAUGAAUAGUUUUUUUUCUUCUGGUUUUACUGGUCUGCCGUAGAUUCCUUUUGUUCUACUUUAUGGUGUACUUCAUCAUCUUUUUAUGGUUUUAUGCAUUCGCUCACAGACACGUGCAUCAACAUGUACAAAAACACACAGGCAUACACAAAACGCUCUAGUGUUGAGGUUGUUGAGUCAGAAGUAAGUCUUCAAAAUGGAUUCACAUAAAAGUUGAAUGUACACUUUUUCUAUUUUCUAUAGGCUACAGUAUUAUAAUUAUUCAUGGACUUCAUAAUGUGUUGACGGGUCAGAUCGGUCAUUCCUCGCAUUCAAGUAGGGGGCCGCCCACAUCAAGAGGAGCUAUUCACAAACACGCACGCAGCGAUCUAAUGCCGGAUUUCCGUUGAAAGCUGGACCGCAUACACACAGGAAGGAUUGUCUCAGAAGUGAUUUGUUCCAGGAUUCAAGGUAAUUAUUAUAUUUUUCGCACCAUGCAUGCAUUUUGAAACGUCAUGAAAAAAAAUCAAUGGGAGAAAUUAGCCCCUACUGCAUUGGCAUCAUAGUUCUCAAUAUUUACGUAAAAUAAAUGCCUUUAACCGCCAGCUCCAUUCACUAACAGACUAGCAUUGUACUUCGACAUAUUUAUGUAAAAUAAACGCUACCUGCACGUUUUUUUUUUGUUUUUUUUGCUUUUAACCAAGAAUCCAGACUGUUUUACAUCCAUAUCUAUGAAGAAUUCGGGGAUUUAAGCAUUUAUUUACAAGAAUUUUCACCGGAAAAGCUCUGUUUGCAUCAGGCGGCCGCUAGCUACAGUACAUUUACUAACAGACUACCAUUGUCCUUCGACAUAUUUACGUGAAAUAAACGCUACCUGCACUUUUAUUUUUUUUGCAUGUAACCAAGAAUUGAACUGUUUUGCACCCACACCCAUAAAGAAUUUGCGAAUUUGAGCAUUUAUUCAAAAGAAUCUGUUUACAACAGGCGGCAGCUAGCUACAUACACUAAUAGACCUGCAUUGUACUUCGACAUAUUUAGGCCUACGUAAAAUAAAUGCUAACUGCACUUUGUUUUUGUUUUUUUGCUUGUAACCAAGAAUGGAGACUGUUUUACAUCCAUAUUUAUGAAAAAUUCUGGGAUUUAAGCAUUUAUUCACAAUGAUUAUUACUGGAAAAGCUCUGUUUACAUCAGGCGGCUGCCAGCUACAUUCACUAACAGACUAGCACUGUACUUCGACAUAUUUACGUGAAAUAAACGCUAACUGCACGGUUUCUUCGCUUUUAACCAAGAUUCGAGCCUGUUCUACGUCCUUAUCUAUAAAGAACUUGGGGAUUUAAGCAUUUAUUCAAAAGAAUUUUCACCAGAAAAGCUCUGUUGACAUCAGGCGGCCGCCAGCUACAUUCACUAACAGACUAGCAUUGUACUUCGACAUAUUUACAAAAAAUAAAGUCUAAAUGCAGUUUUUUUGCUUUUAACCAAGAAUUGAGACUGUUUAACAUCCAUAUCUAUAAAGAAUUUGGGGAUUGAAGCAUUUAUUCACAAGAAUUUUCAACGAAAAAAGCUCUUUGUCUUUGAUUACGCUCGGUCAGCUUUGACAGCCUCACCAAUAAUGCAGGCCCCUUAUUUGUCGGCCCCGCACCCUGUGUCCUGUCAAUACAUUAUAAAGUCUAUGUAUUUGUAUGUAUUAUGAAUUCUACCCAAAAUCCUAACUGAACUUGUUAUAUACGUAUUAGUAUUCUGUGUGUGGUUAAAAAAGUAAGAGGCAAAUCUCAAGAAGUACAGUAAUACAUAUUUGAUAAAUAAUAGCUAUUACAGAUACCUGAAAAAAACUAGUGAAGUAUAGAAAAUAAGCACUUGUACAUUGUACAUGUGAACAUUAUAGGGAAGUGUGUAAGAUUAGGCACAAAGCAGGAUAUAACAGUUGUUCAAAGCAGGAACAGGUGGUUUGUAGUGUCAUGUUCUCUACCAGUGGCUUUGCUUCACCACUCCCCCUCUCAACCGUUCUCCUCCUUAAACGCAUACUGGGGUCUGAGUCUGUAUGUGUCAAAAGAACAUGAUCGAACUCCUACUUGGACGGAGUGUUUUUGAGGGGAAGGUUAUGGCGGUUAAAUUUGGGUGUCUUGCGCAAGGAAACAUGAGGCGCCAAAGUGGCUCCAGGCUGUCCCGGUGUAGUGGCGUCCCACCGCGUCGUCAAAGGUAAAUAAAUCACUGCUGUCAUAAAAUAAUAACCUCCAAAAAUAUGAAACUUUUGAUGAAUUGUGAUAUUUACAAACAGAUUUGAGAUUUUUUUCAGGAAAAGACUUAUUAUUUUAAAAGGGUGACGAUAUAGAAUAUAAAAAAUGGGUAUACAUGAUUUUGAUUGCUGUUAAAUACUUGAUUUUAGAUGUCAUUUGUUCAGACAGAUCAAGUUUUGGUUGUUUUUUUGUUAAUCAUAGUACUGUCACCAUGGGGGGAAAAAUCUUACGUAAAACAGCAGAUGAAAGCUAUCAACUCUUUUAAGUGCUUUCAAAGCUUGAUAACAUGUAACAUGCAAUAUUGUAUUCCUCACCAUAUGCUGCUCAUGUGCUUUCAGUUUACAAUGACACACUAUAACUAUAAUUGUACUAUACUCUGUAACUAAGUAGAAAUGCAGAUACUUACUUUUGUAAAAAAAAAAAAAAAAAACGGAUUCAAUUGGUUAACCCGUUUAAAUAACUUUGCACAGCAACAAAACAACUUAAAUUACUGCUCAAGUAUUUCCCCUUUAUAAACUUGCGUAAAAUAUAAACUAGAGCUGUCAAACGAUUAAAAUUUUUAAUUGCGUUAAUUACAGCUUAAAAAUUAAUUAAUCAUAAUUAAUCACAAUUAAUCGCAAUUCAAACCAUCUAUAAAAUAUGCCAUAUUUUUCUGUAAAUUAUUGUUGGAAUAGAAAGAUAAAACACAAGACGGAUAUAUACAUUCAACAUAUGGUACAUAAGGACUAUUUGUUGAUUAUAACAAUAAAUCAACAAGAUGGCAUUAACAUUCUGUUAAAGCGAUCCAUGGAUAGAAAGACUUGUAGUUCUUAAAAGAAAAAUGUUAGUACAAGUAAGAGAAAUUUUAUAUUAAAACCCCUCUUAAUGUUUUCGUUUUAAUAAAAUUUGUAAAAUUUUCAGUCAAAAAAUAAACUAGUAGCCCGCCAUUGUUGAUGUCAAUAAUUACUUACACAAUGCUCAUGGAUGCUGAAGCCUAUAAACUCAGUCACACCCAAGCGCCAGCAGAGGGCGGCAAAACUCCAUAAAACACAACAAGUGAGCGAUUCACUAUGUACUGUCAUUUAAAUCUCUCUGAGCGGGGCAUCUGCGUUAAUUGCGUCAAAUAUUUUAACGUGAUUAAUUUAAAAAAUGAAUUAACGCCCGUUAACGCGAUAAUUUUGACAGCCCUAAUAUAAAUAUAAAAUAUCACUUUGCAUCUCUUUGUUACAAUAAUUGAAACAAAAUUGAAUAAAGAUCAGCAUGAGCACUUAAACUACUUUGUGAACGCUGGUGGUUUUUAGAUAGACACUAGACAUAAUGAAGUUGGAGCCAGCAACAUCGUAAAGUUCUCUUAAAAAAGGCUGCCUAUGAGGAACAUCUUGUUCCAUGGUUUGUGUUUUAACCAUGUUGCAACUGUACCUGUUUUUCUGCAUUUGAAGUCCUCAACAUCAGCCCCUUUGUGUCACUAUAUGUCUUUGCGGAGGUUGAACAGCUAUACAAAAUGAACAAUGUCUGAUUUUACCUACAGAAAGUAAAAUUCUAUAUCAUGGAAAAAUAAAAUUUAUAAGGUUGAAGUCAAUUCAACUCACUUGACUAUAAGCAGCUUUUUGACAUGCAAUCAAAUAUUCUUUAAAAAAAAAAAAAAAAGGACACUUAAAGCGGGGGGUUGCAGGGGUGGGCAGUUCCCACCCACAGACACGCUCUGCCCACCCAAAGAAAACUGGAUGUAGUACUAAUGGCAGUCUGGGCACCGCGUAUGGUAUCCCAUUCAUAUACCGUAAUUUCUGGACUAUAAGGCGCACCUGACUAUAAGCCGCCAGCAACCAAAUUUGACAUGAAAACGGCAUUUGUUCAUAGAUAAGCCACACUUGAUUAUAAACCGCAGUUGUCCUCAUUGUCUUAUGAGAUAUUUACACCAAAAGAUAUUAACUGGUAACACUUCAUUUGACAAUGGCAUCAUAAGACUGUCAUGAAACCAAAUGAACCACCAUUAAGCUUUGAACCAAUUUGGUGCAAAGCCUUAUUGUUUUAAAAAUCUUCAUUUGGCCAUCACUGCUCCCUUGGGGGAGACAGUCAACCUCUGCUGCCACCUGCUGUCAACACUGUUGUCAUCCAACAUUCCUCCUAGCAUGCAUUGCGGCGCUACAGAUGUAAAAACAAUCAAAACUCAUGUUCUGAGCUAAUUAUUUCUUCAGUUACUGUUCCAGUUGUUUCAUUAAUUGCUAGUCAUGGUAUUUGGUAACAUUUUCUUGGAUAGUGGUGUCAUAAUACUGUCAUAAUUACUACAUGACACUGUCAUAGGCAUUAUUGAAUGCUUAUAAUAGAUGUCGUUUAGUGUCAUUCAGCAAAUGAUCUCACUUUUGAAUGCACGUAAAAGAUCUGAGCUGGACAUAAAUGGAGUUAGUGACAUAAUAUGCAACAUGACAUUUUGACAUCUGUCAUAAUAAUUCAGUAAUGCCCAUGAUAGUGUAAUAUCAUAAUUAUAAUUAAUUAUGACGUUCUUAUGACAGUCUUAUGAUGCCGCUGUCAAACAAAGUGUUACCUAUUAACCCAAAUAAAUCAUCAAAUAAACCCCACUGGACUAUAAGAGAAAUAUAAAAUUAGGGUAGUAGUGAUGUGUUUUAGUUAGGGCUGUCAAAAUUAUUGCGUUAACGGGCGUUAAUUAUUUUUUUUAAUUAAAAAAAUUAAAAAUUAUUAAAAUAUUUGACGCAAUUAACGCACAUGCCACACUCAAACAGACUAAAAUGACAGUAAUUCAAUUCAAUUCAAUUCAAUUUUAUUUGUAUAGCCCUCAAUCACAACAGAAGUCUCAAAGGGCUUUACAGAGGCAAUAUGAUACAUAAUUAGAAAUAAAGCAACAAAGAUGAAUAGAUACAGUUCAAGUCCUGGGUAUCCCCUAUCCUUAAGACCCUCCAUGCAGGCAAGGAAAAACUCCAAAAACUCCAGAGUCAAUCGGGAGAAAAAUGAGAGAGUAGAGUACAGUGUAAUGUCCGCUUGUUACUUGUUUUUUGGUGUUUGGCGCCCUCUGCUGGUGUUUGGGUCCAACUGAUUUUAUGGGUUAGCACAAUGAGUGAGCAUGGUGUAAUUAUUGACAUCAACAAUGCACUCGACACUAAGCACUCAUGUGCUGGUCGUAAUGGGAAACGCAGUCUUCCUUAAGGCAAAACACUUCCGCUUUUGUCCACUGGCUUCGCUAAAAUGGACCAAAACUGUGUUGCUGCAAAUACUGUUUAAGUUUGAUAAAAAAAUAUAUAUUAAUUUCACACCAUUACCAUUUUUUUUUUACUUAAAAGUAAAGAGGACAAACACUAUCAACAUCAGUUGGUGUCUCUAAACAGAAAUUCAGUCAUAUGACAGAAAUGUAGUUGAUUCUAUUUUUUUGCAGGUUAUUUCUUUGCAUAUCAUGUGGGAGUGACCUUGUUCAACAUAGGCACUAAAACCUGCAUGUCUUGUCCCUCAAGCCUUUUCAGUCACUGGCCUGCGGCGGGUCGCUGAGAUGUAUUCCCCCUGAGCUUGCCGCUGCCUCGGAGCCGGAAUGCCGGUUCAGGCGGCUCAGUGGACGGACUUCCUGUCCUGUCCCAUCUGCUACAACCAGUUCAACAGCAGCGGUCAGCAGCCCGUCAGCCUGGGCUGCUCGCACACAGUGUGCCGCACGUGCCUGCACAAAUUGCACCGCAAGGCCUGCCCAUUUGACCAGACGCCCAUCAGCACGGAUAUUGACUUACUGCCCGUUAACUGUGCCCUGCUGCAGCUAGUUGGAGCCCAGGUUCCAGAUGUUCAGCCUGUAAGCCUGGGCAGUGUGACAGAUGUUGGACACUAUGAGGCCUGCAAGGUGUGUGUGGAAGAACUGGCCCUCUUCUUAAAGCCGAUUAGCGGCACUAAAGGUGUGGCGCCGUCAAGUCCGAGUGCGCUGAGUCGACCCAUGCAGAGGAAGCUGGUGACGUUGGUCAACUGCCAGCUGGUGGAAGAAGAGGGUCGAGUACGGGCCGUGCGGGCGGGCCGGUCGCUGGGCGAGCGAACGGUCACUGAGCUUAUCCUGCAGCACCAGAAUCCCCAACAGCUGUCCGCAAACCUCUGGGCUGCAGUGAGGGCACGCGGGUGCCAAUUCUUGGGUCCUGCCAUGCAGGAGGACGCCUUGAAGCUGGUUCUCUUGGCACUGGAGGAUGGUUCGGCCCUGUCCAGGAAGGUGCUGGUGUUGUUUGUCGUGCAGAAGUUGGAGGGGCGCUUCCCUCAGGCCUCCAAAACCAGCAUAGGCCACGUAGUGCAGCUCCUCUACAGAGCCUCUUGCUUUAAGGUGACCAAGCGGGAUGAAGACUCCUCUCUGAUGCAGCUGAAGGAGGAGUUCCGCUCGUACGAGGCUCUCCGGAGAGAACACGACGCCCAGAUCGUGCACAUCGCCAUGGAAGCCGGACUCCGUAUCUCCCCCGAGCAGUGGUCCUCUUUGCUAUAUGGGGACCUGGUCCACAAGUCACACAUGCAGUCCAUCAUUGACAAGCUGCAGUCUCCAGAGUCGUUUGCCAAGAGUGUCCAGGAGCUGACCAUUGUCCUGCAGAGGACAGGAGACCCCGCCAACCUCACGAGCCUCAGAGCGGACCUCGAGCUACUGGCCAACAUAGAUCACAAUACAGAUGAUGCAGCACCAUCCUGGGAAGAGCUGGAAAAUGUGAUGAUGGCUGUGAAGUCGGUGGUCCACGGCCUUGUGGAAUUCGUCCAAAACUUUAGCAAGAAGAACAACGAGACCCCGCAGCCUCAAGUGAAUAGCAAGUAUAAGACCAGCAUGUGCAGAGAUCUUCGUCAACAGGGAGGUUGUCCGAGAGGAAGCAACUGCACAUUUGCUCAUACACAAGAUGAACUUGAAAAAUUUCGUCUGAGGAACAAAAAGAGUGGAAGUGCUAGCCGUGCUUUCCCCUCAUCCGGUGGUAAAACCUUCACUGUGGAGUGCAGUAACCACACUGAAGGAUGCGCAGUAGAUGAAGAGGACAACCUGACUGAAGGUGGCCCACACCCACAACUCACCUCCAGAGGGCCUGAAAGCAGCCAGUGCAUUAAGAGAAUUGUGUCCAGUGAAUCUAUGGUGGCAAAUGAUUCCAACGGGCUAGGUGGUGCCAGUGUAACCUUACUGGGCUCAACUGAGCAGAAGUACGUUUCUCCGCCCAGAACUCCCGUGAGCCACACCUCAGUGUCGUCUCCCUUGACUGCCAAGGGCCGGGUGACUGAUGAUGGCGUGGGCACAGUUUACAAACACGGUGGUGCCUUCAUGUUGCGAGCGCCUCAUCCUUCUCAGCCAUCGGAGCUGUUCUACCAGGAGCAACAAUCGGCGUACGAUUCGGCCCACUACCAGCCCAACUGUUCCUACUACCCAUCUACUCUCCAUUCUCCACACAAAGGCUGCAUGGCUCGCUUCCUCAGAUCUUCUAACGUCCCAGAAUCUCCCUUGCCGCCGUCCUCCUUUUCCAGCGAACCUCAAAUAGCACAUCACCCGCCUUCGUCUUCUCCCACGGGAUAUCAUCCUCAUCCCCCCAGAGAGCGCAUGGUCUUCCACCACCACCACCACCACCCAGGGCAGCCACAGUAUGGACCGCUGGCCACUGCUCAUGGGGUUUACUCGCCUCUCUAUGACACCAGAAGAGUGUGGAGGCCUCAGCUGUACCAUCGAGAAGAUGCCAGGAGUAACUCGUUGCCCCCGGAGGUACUGCAUUCCUCAGUCUAUCAGCCGCCACUCAGGGAGAGAUUCAACUCACUAGACAGCAACUUCUGCUCUGGAUCCGAAUACCGUGUAGCACUGCAUAGGGAAUACGGCCGCGUUCCGCUGGUCUGCAACGACUUGUUUCGACGUAAGCAAGAGCAGUGGGCACAUCACGACCACCACCACCACCAUCAUCAUCACAGCACCAGCAGGCCCUCCCAAGCAUCUGCUAUCUUCAACAUUGAUUUCAGACCUGAGCAUGCGGAAAGCAGUGCAGGUCAGUGUGCGGGGUGCCACUUUCGAAGUGACGAGAGCUUGGCGCACUUCUCGCCGUGGUCCUGCGGCUCUACCGUUGGCCCUUGUCUCAGCCCCUUUGAGUCCGAGGGGCUCACGCAAGCGUCCGCUCACUCAGCCGUGGAGAAAUCCGAGUCUGAUGGAUGCAGUGGUGGCAGUGCUAGCAACAGCAGCAGCACAAAGCACUGGCUACACUCAUUAGAUCACUACAGGCGACUGAAAGAAGAGGACCCCAUCAUUCCCUUCAGCGAGGGGCCUAUAAUCUCCAAGUGGGGGGCCAUAUCCCGCGCGUCCCGCUCAGGUUACCACACCACCGAUCCUGUCCAAGCCACUGCUUGCCAGGGUGGUGCCAGCACAACUGCCAUCGACUUUAAAGAUUACAACAGCCACUUGGAUCGCAGUGAGUACAGGUGGAGCUCAAGAGGAUCAGACUCUUCCAGCCACUCCAGUUUCCUAGAGAGUGAGCAUCUUUGUCAACAUACAUCUAACGAGAAAAUGGCAAGUGAUCAACAAAGCCACCAGACAUCCUUCAGCCAGGAUCAAGAGAGUGAAGCAAGUUCGGAGCGAGACAUUGAGCUUGAACUGUGCGCUCUGGACAUGGAGGACUCGGACCCCCAGGACAUCAGGUCCAAGGAUUCUAUGGAGUUAGCCACCCCGUAUUCCGAAGAUUCUUCCCUCCUACUCCCACGGCCUUGCCCCUCUCCACUCCGGUCAUCCCCACUCGAAGAGCAAAAUCCUGCUGUGGAGCCUUCAACGGAUAAGAUGGAUGCUUAUCUACUAAAAAAGAUGGCCUUCAGAAAGUCGCUGUCUCCUGUAGGCUUGCCGUCAGGCGGUCUGGCCGUCGGUAAGUUGGUGCUGCGUACUGGAACACCCCGGCCCAGCGACGAAUCUUCUCCAAGGUCUUGUCCUAAAACGCACGGGGCAGAGAUGUUGCUUAGUGGAAGCUAAAGGAUGUUUCAAGUCAUCGAUCGUCACCUUUCACCCACACCUUGACAUGUCGUGGUGCACACAAUUACACACAAUUCUGUUGUGGUUUAACACAGCAGUCCCAUUGUUAGGGAGAAUAAUUUAUCAUCAUUUUUUUGUGCUAUGAAUUUGAAAUCACAGCACAUAGUCUUUGUGUUACUUGUGCCUACAAGAAUCAUUGUGUCCCGAUUUUGUUUGUAUGUAUGUGCUCAAGCACAUUAUCAUAGAAAAUAUGUGCUUGGGCAGUGGAGAUGGAAGAGAGGUUCAUGCAGCGCUCAUACAAUACUAAUACUAGUACUGAACAUAGACUUUAUAAUGAUUAUUAAUAAUGAUAAUUAUUAAUUGAUAAUAAAAUCAGAAUUUCAAUCAAGCACUUUAAUAGCGUACCGCACGAAUGCUAUUUUUAGACCAUGACGUUGCCAUCGUAACGCGGAAGUGGGACAUUAUUCACACGCCCUAACAUACAAUCCAUCAUAUUUCUGCUUGUUUUCUCCGGUAAUCUUUCAAAAAUAAAAUGCCGAUCAAACACUGCUGCUAAUGAACUUGUAGAAACAACUCUAUAGACAUGACAACAUAUGAAGGAUGUUUUCUUCAUAUGUUUCCCAAAACCAAAAACUCUGUAAAGAAAAUGUGAAGAAUGGAUCAACUUGCGCGGACGUCCAAAAGACCAGUUUGCAAUUAGUAUAAGAAAGACAGGGCAUAUUAUGUAUGUGUGUAUAUAUAUAUAUAUAUAUAUAUAUAUCUCCAUCCUCUGGUCUUACGUCUCUGACCGUUUUUGGGAGUAAUUUACAUUGCUAUUUUUUUUUUGUAGCGAUUGCAAAUGCUGCUAGGUGACAGCCAACGAAUACUUUUAAUUUUUUCAUUGAUAACAAAUCUUAAUUCCAUAAUUUAUUUACAUUUCCCUCUUACUCAUUUUUUUUACAACAGAAAAGGUAACAGUGGCGGUCAGAUUCAUUUUUUUCAGUCAUUGUCAGACAGAAGCAACACUGCAAAAGCCCACGCUAAAAAAAUAAGUCAAAAUAUCAAAAUGGCUUACCGCAUCGUCCUCGUAGGACCAUGGCCCCCAACAAAAUUUUUACUGCAUAUGGCUUCACCAUGCUGGCGUUAAACUGGUCUUUUGGACGUACGCAGACGUUUAUCCAUUGUUCACAUUCUUUCCUCUUUUUUGGCUUCGGGAAACGUAUGAAGAAAACAUACUUCAUAUGUUCAUAAUGUCUAGAAACGCUCCAUAGCAGCACUGUUUGAUCGGCAUGUUCUUUUUUGAAAGAUUACUGGCAGAAAACAAGCAAUAUUAACAUGGUUUGUAGGCGAGGGUGCCUCUAUGUUGACCCACUUCCGGUUUACGAUGGCGAGUUCGGGGUGUAAAAAUAGUAGUCGUGAGGUACGCUCUUGAACACAUUAAAAAUCAUGAUAGCUUGUAGUUAUCUGUCAUCAUGGUUUGGAUAAAAAAUACGUGAUGCAACACAUUUGUUAACUUUAUCUCUACCCCAGCAGCACCGGACAACAAAUGUCCUUCUAUGCUAUUACUCAAAACAAGAGCCUAUAAUAACUGUGUCAUAUGAUGCCUUGAAUUAGGAGUUACCAAUGAAUGACCUAGGGCGCCGUCAUGAGAUGCUAUGAACAAUGGCCUUUUUUUUUUUGUGGGUAAUCAUUGCUGCAGGUGACACUAAAAAGAUAUCUCUUUGAAAUGUAAUCAAGUAAAUUAAGGGUUGAAGUUUUUGCAGGUCUUCAUUGUGGCCCAUAUUCACCCUGCAAAGCACUUUGAACUACAAAUCCCAUUUCAAACUCACUGUGAUGAAAACAGUAAACCCACCUGCACGGAUCCUUGAGUCACAUUGUGCUCUGUGUUUAUUCUGUAUAUGCAUUUUGUGCACCGCUAACUUCUGUGAAGUCUGAGGAUAUUGUAUCAGGAAUGCAUUAACUGUGUUCACUGUGUCUUAAAUAUUUGCUGAUUUGCUUUUGUCAGUAACAUGCUGCAACCAGUCACAUUUUGUUGUGGAAUAUCAGAACAGUUUGGUAAAUGAAUGAAUAUUUUGUACAUUUUGUAUGUCGAUGAAGUUCAGCUCUGUGAGCCACUCUUGUGCUACAUACAGUAUGUUUACAACACUUUUUAGGUCGGCUAAAGUGAAAUCUUGUGUACUGACUACUAUUAUACAUCCACAUAAAUGCUACCAAUUUUCCUCGUUAUUUAUUGAAUAACUAGUAAGAAAAUCUUUCAAGGUUUCAUCUCAGGGAAGAAUUACGCUGGUCAACUAUUUCAUUCAUCACCUCAAAUUAUUCAGUGGAAGUACAGCGCUUUCUCAUUUAGGGGUCUUAGGCAUUUAUUAAAUGGAUAAAGGGGCACUGGCUUCUACUGAGGCAGAAGGGAUGUUUAUUUUUCAUACAAUCUCAUUUUUACAAUAUUAAAUACAAUUUUCGGAAUAUGAUAGUUAAAUAUAAUUACAAUAUUUGAAAAGUAUAGACAAACAGUAUAAUAAAUACAGGUAGUCCUCAGGUUUCGACGUACCCAACCAUACGACGCCAAAGUCUAGUCCGCCAUUCUGUCUCCAGUCGUGUUAUAAUUUUUUUUUUUUUUUUGUUAGUCGCGUAAACAGUACCUCGCCCAGCAGAGUCGCCACCGUCUGGCAGUUCCUGAUGGCGUCAGGUCCCACCCGCUGUCUCUGAUUCUCAUGUGUCCGCCCAAGAAGCACCCUUUUCAGCUUGGGAGAGUCAUGACCCCCGCCCAAGCCUCCGGUUCUUCCCUGGAAGCCGACAAUGCACCUUUUUCAGACUUCCCACUUCUUUUUUCUCAUGCUACUGAUGCUUCUCCCGCCGACUCCUCUUGCAACUCCCGAUCCGUUUUUUUUCUUUAGUUGGGACGGCAGGCUCAAGUUAAGAAAGGCAACUUGAGCGGCCAUGAUGUCCCCCCCUCUCUCGCCUUCCUGCUCUUUCCACAGCGCUCUUUUCUCUCAGCAAAGCAACUCACCCACAAGUAAAGCCCGAAUAGUCAUUUAAUAUAACGGCUUAUAAAACAAGGUAUCGCACAGUAUCUUAUUUUGUACUUGAUCUUAUUAAGAAGACGUGUAAUACAUGUUUUUGGACAGUUAUAUUUAGAGGUACUGUACUUGAAGGGCUAAUUCCGACUUGUACAAGAAUUCGGGUUACAUCACCAGCCUAGCAACGGAACCCGUUCGUAACCCGGGGACUACCUGUAUUUAGAUGGGGCUUUGCAAGCCAAAGGCCCAGAUAGUAAAAUUCAAUUUUUUUUGUUUGAACAGCAUUUCUUCGGCACGCUGCACAGCUCAAACUGUUAGAACCCUCAGCAUUGUAAUGACUGGAAUUUUUGCACGACGCAGGGAAUUUUUUAAAGGCCCCCCAAAUUUUCCGUUCACCUGUAAAUGCAGGUUUUUUUUUGAAAAAACAAUUCAAAAUGUAUUUAGUCCCACAAUUUUUGACCAAAUCGCACAAUGUACACAUAAAAAUUCCAGAACAGUAAGAGGCAUAAGAGUUGUAUACAGAAUUUGCCAAAAGCUUACGGUUCUCCCAAAAUUCGCCCAAACCUGUCCCAUUCAUUUCUAACGGGAUGCCAUCGACAUUAAUGUAAGUCCAAAUUUCCCAUUCAUUUUCAAUGACAGGAACACAUAAGUCUUUGUGAUUUUUGUCCAUUUACCAUGACGGCCCAUUGACAUUCAACUGGCAUGCAAGUAAUUCGAUGCCAUUGACUGCUAUGCACGUCGAUGCUAUUGACGGCCAUGUACGUCCAAAUUUCCCAGUCAUUUUCAAUGGCAGACAAACCUGUGUGGUUCUGAUUUUUGAUUGAAAAAAAACAAACUACUAUUACAGUCCAUUGACAUUCAACUGGCACCCAAGUAAUUCGAUGCCAUUGACUGCCAUGCACGUCUAUGCCAUUGACGGCCGUGUAUGUUCAAAUUUCCCAUUAAUUUUCAAUGGCAGAAAAACCUGCGUGGUUUUGAUUUUUGAUUUUAAAAAAACAAAACUACCAUUACAGCCCAUUGACAUUCAACUAGCACCCAAGUAAUUCAAUGCCAUUGACUGCUAUGCACGUCUAUGCCAUUGACGGCCAUGUACGUCCAAAUUUCCCAUUCAUUUUCAAUGGCAGAAAAACCUGUGGUUCUGAUUUUUGAUCUAAAAAUCAAACAAACAAAAAAAACUACCAUUACAGCCCAUUGACAUUCAACUAGCACCCAAGUAAUUCGAUGCCAUUGACUGCUAUGCACGUCUAUGCCAUUGACGGCCAUGUACGUCCAAAUUUCCCAUUCAUUUUCAAUGGCAGACAAACCUGUGUGGUUCUGAUUUUUGAUUGGAAAAAAAAACCUACUUUUACAGCCCAUUGACAUUCAACUGGCACCCAGGUAAUUCGAUGCCAUUGACUGCCAUGCACGUCUAUGCCAUUGACGGCCGUGUAUGUCUAAAUUUCCCAUUCAUUUUCAAUGGCAGACAAACCUGUGUGGUUCUGAUUUUUGAUUGAAAAAAAAAACUACUAUUACGGCCCAUUGACAUUCAACUGGCACCCAAGUAAUUCGAUGCCAUUGACUGCCAUGCACGUCUAUGCCAUUGACGGCCAUGUACGUCCAAAUUUCCCAUUCAUUUUCAAUGGCAGACAAACCUGUGUGGUUCUGAUUUUUGAUUGAAAAAAAAACAAACUAUUACAGCCCAUUGACAUUCAACUAGCACCCAAGUAAUUCGAUGCCAUUGACUGCUAUGCACGUCUAUGCCAAUGACGGCCAUGUACGUCCAAAUUUCCCAUUUUCAAUGGCAGACAAACCUGUCUGGUUCUGAUUUUGGAUUGAAAAAAAAACUGCUAUUACGGCCCAUUAACAUUCAACUGGCACCCAAGUAAUUCGAUGCCAUUGACUGUCAUGCACGUCUAUGCCAUUGACGGCCAUGUACGUCCAAAUUUUCCAUUCAUUUUCAAUGGCAGGAAAACAUGCGUGGUUCUGAUUUUUAAUUUAAAAAAAACAACUAAAAAACUAGCAUAACAGCCCAUUGACAUUCAACUGGCUCCCAAAUAAGUUGAUGCCAUUGACGGUCAUGGAACAGGGUGUGUCACUGAAAUCUCCCCAAAUUUACAGGAGUGUGACGUGAUAUCAACUGAAUAUGUCCCCCAAUUGUCCCCAAAUCAACAGGAAGUGUCUCCCAAAUGUCGUCUAUCUACCAAAACAAAGCCUAAUUUCUCCAGAAAUAGCCGUUUCCGGUUUAUUUGAAAUAUUCUGUGUGGAGGCCACUUCUGUGGAAGUACUGUAUUUUAUUUCCUAGAUUUUCUUCUACUCGUCCGUAUCAGUAAAGACUUUUGUUUUCAGGCCAUACUAUAUUUAAAAUGUGACUGCAAAGUGUAAAUACUGACUUUGUAUCGUUUCUUUGAGAAGAAUCCGUGGUUCACUGAUGUAGGCUAAUUGCACUGCACUUACUUCCCGCUUUCAGUUCCAGUCAGUGCAAGCGCGCACACUUUCUUUGAAACCCCCUCGGCAUCCUGCAUUCAUUUUUUUUCAUGCAUGCAGUAUGCGGCAUUGUGCCUCUUGUGAUGGCAGAGUAGUAUCAAUGUAGUUGUGAUACAGCACAUACAACACACAUGCAUGCUACUUCUUAUCACAUUAUUAUAAUAAUUAUUGAUCGUUGUGAUUCUUUUCUUUGUUUUGAUUCUAAGAACUUGUGAAAUUAUAUGGGGAAGCCUAUUUGUUAAACGUGGAUGUUUUCCUAUUAAUCAUGUCUGUAUUAGACGCUUUAUUUGCAAAUCUGUGGUUUGAUUAAAACUAUUAAACAGAUGGUACAUCCGUCAUUGUAUACUGUCCGGCACCAUCAUUUGAUGGACUUAUAGGCUUAUUUAUAUGACCCGAUCAGAUUUGGUUCAAUAUUAAAAUCAUUGGGACAGUGGUGUAUGUAUUGUUUCUGAAGGUAAAGAGUAAAAGUCCUUUAGAAACACCAUCAUGAAACAUGUCCCAGUUAUGUAUUCAAUUUAUUUCCUUGGAAAUGUCACCUUGUGAAAGGUUUACCUUUUACAAUACGUGAAUGCUCGGCUGGACAAACGUCGAUGUGUUGACAAUGGACUAUUAACUCCAAAGUUUCUAUGGUUAUUUUGUGAGCAGCUAACCUGUGUGAGUGUUUUUCUUGUAUUUUUCUUGCAUAGCACAGUGAUUGUUAAGCAACAAAGUGCUUCUGUGUUGCACUUUGAGCAGAGAUUAUGGAUGCAUGCAACAAUAAAGCAACAAUACAUUUCA